UCGGGCGACACAAAUAACGUGCGCAAGUUAGAAAGAAAAACCUUAUUUUAAUUUUUCAUUUUCCCACCCCUUAUCCCACGUUUCCCUUCCCUUUUCCCACAUUUUCUCAUCCUUUUCCAACAUUUUCUCUUUCCCUCUCACUACCCUUUCUCUUUUGCAAAAAACCCUCCACCAUCGAACAACGCCGUUCUCCAUCUCUUCACGCCGCCAUCACAGUGAGCUUUCGUGCGCACGUUCUCCAUCGUUCUCCGGCCGUUCUCGAAACCCAGUCCUCCCCCACCAUCGAAGCGUUGCCGUUCUCCGUCGUUCUCCAUCAUUUUCGGCUAGCUCUUCGCCGGAUACCACUAUGAAGAGUGUGCUGGCAAUUACAGAUGACACUGUUCUGGCUACUAGCAUUGUUGUUAAUGUUUUACAAGAGCUUGGGAAUGAAUAUGUUGGGAAUUGUGAUUCACAAAUAAUCACUCAAGCCUUUUCUCUCAAUAGGCUGCCACUUGGAGCAUCAUCCAUGGAUGCUAUCAUUUCUAUUUGUAGAUCUGAUUUUCCAAGUGAUCAGUUGUGCGAGGAGAUCUUAAGAGUUUUGAAGCCUGAUGGGAUAAUCCUUAUUCAUAAGACUUCACAGUCUGUUGCAGUUGAGAAAGAUGAGCCCAUUUUCAUGGUUAGAAGAUUACUUUUGGCAGGCUUUCUUGAAGCUCAAGUAAUAGGAAAGAAAUUAGUUUCUCCAUCUGAUGUAGAGAACUUCGUGAUAAGAGCCAAAAGGCCUUCUUGGAAAAUUGGCUCCUCUUUUGCUAUUAAGAAGCCUGCAAAAAGUCUACCAAAGAUUCAGCUUGAUGAUGAUUCUGAUUUGAUUGAUGAAGAUACUUUAUUGACUGAGGAGGAUUUGAAAAAACCUCAGCUACCAGUUGGUGAUUGUGAAGUUAGCAUAACAAGGAAAGCUUGCAAGAACUGCACUUGUGGUAGGGCCGAAGCAGAGGAGAAAGUAGAGAAACUGGGUUUGACUUCAGAUUUGUUGGAAAAUCCUCAAUCUGCAUGUGGCAAUUGUGGCCUGGGAGAUGCUUUUCGGUGCAGUACGUGCCCAUACAAGGGUCUACCAGCAUUUAAACUUGGGGAGAAGGUGUCACUACCUGGAAACUUCCUUGCUGCCGAUAUAUGAUUUUUUUUUAGGGGGUGGGGGAUUGAUAUACUACGGGAUGUAUUUUGAACUUCUGAUGAAUGGUUUGGUCAAAUGGAAAAUUGCUUAUUAGUCUUCUACUACUUGAAGGAGAAAUACAAGUGACAAAGCAAAACCAGUUUUAGUUGCAGAUGAAAACCACUUUUCCAUUUUGAUAUUGACUUAGAAACUGAUAAACAAUUUAAAUUUUACCAAUGGCCAGUCAUGUUUUCGAAUGCCUAUAUGAGCAACCAUCAAUAUAUAUACAUAUUGCUUGUUA